AUGGUCACAUUUCAACAAAGGGAAGGCAGAAUAGGAUCGACACAGGUGCACCUGCCUCUCUGGACAGACACAUCCAGAGCCACAGGCCUGGACCCCGCGGAGAACCAAUCGUACUGGAAGGCGACACUUCGAGACUUUGUGUCGGACCCUAAAGUUCAACACGACGAGGCAAAAUACGAUGAUAGAGCGGCUAGACCUCCAGCUCAGAUGUGCACCACGCGCCCUACCCACCCGCUGAACGCAUAUUUUAGAGGAGCAAACGAUGACGUCUGCUUCCUCAUGUAUGGCGGCUUUCCUUCACCCUCUCCCCUGUCCUCUCUCCUCAGCCCCUCGAGCCGACACAAGUCAGGCCCGCACACCCACCUCCUCAUGGGGGUCCCGGAGCCCUUAACCGUGGUCGUAGCGCCCACGAGCACUGGCCAUGUCCAUGUUCCGGUGUCGUCCGCACUCCAGACAUGGGGCCUGGCCCCCCCACGGUAG